AUGAACCCGCCGGCGCCCGGCAAGCCGGCUACGCGCACCUCAGGGUACAACCAAAAAGCGCUAGCCGAGAUCAGAAACUCUCUACUCCCGUUUGCUAAUAUUGGGAGUUUAGACCCACCCGGCUCAUCUGCUGCUAGCACAGUGAGCUCCGGUGUCAGCUCUGGAUUCAGUUCCUCUUCGGGCAAUGGCCUAGAUAAGGACUUAAAUGUAUUGCCACAAUCAUUAAAUCAGCUUAUUGCAUUGGGUUAUGAUGAGGAUCCUGCAGUAAAAGCAUUAAAAUAUGCUGGUGGCCGAUUUGAUGCUGCACUUGAUUAUUUAUCAAAAAAACAAGAACCCCUUAAUGGUGUUUUAAAAUCAUCAAACUUAAGCGCACUAAACACAAAGCUCAUUAGGAAGCCAAGUUUGGAAAGGGAAAUAAAUCGACAUAGGGGAAGCCCUGCAUUAGAUUCAGGGGCAGGCAGCUCACGGUCCGAUAGUCCUCGCCAGUCAGAAGGGCCACCUCUACCACAUGAAAAAUUAAGUAGGCAAUAUUCACCAUCAGGAUUUUCGGAACCUCCUCCUCCACCGCCUCCAAGAUGUCCUUCAACGCCACCUGUACCGCCCUCAGUUCACCAGUACAUGAAACGCAUAUCACCUGCCCCACCGUUGCCACCUGCAAGAGGCACAAGUCCAGUCGCUUCAGGGGCACCAGCCCCUUCAUCGCGACAACCUAUGAUAGUUCAAAAUGGGCCACAAGUUCAGCAGCAACUCUCACAACAGAUACAAGCUUUAAGUAUUUACCAAACUACAACAGAACUACCACCACCAUAUCCAUUAUCAGGUGUUCCUCCACCACCACCUUAUUCAGUAUCUAUCCAAAAUCGACAAAGCCCAACUCAAUCUCAAGAUUACAGAAAAAGUCCUUCUUCAGGGAUAUAUUCAGGAGGCACAUCAGCUGGGUCGCCGAGUCCUAUUACUGUGACACAAUCGACAGGCUCAGCUUCCGGCAUGACUCGCCCUACGCCUAUACAGGCGUGGACAGCGAGACAAGCAGUUCAACCUCCUAUUAUAAUGCAAUCAGUCAAGAGUACCCAAGUGCAGAAACCAGUUCUGCAGACGGCCAUCGCACCCGUUGCACCUCCUGUUGCGAGUGCAGUAGUCCAACCUCCCCCGCCAUCGUAUGCUAGUUCAAUACAGCAGAAACAAGCACAAACACCACCAAGUUACCCACUUGCCCCAAAGCCAUCUUCACCUGGCUCUACUCCGCCUAUACCGACUGCUACGACUCCAACAAUCCCGACCACAGAACCUCCCAGCUAUGCUAUAACUAUGCAAGCCUUAGCUGUACAACGAGGUAUGAAUCCUAUUCCCCCACCUCCUUAUGGCAAUCAAAUUGAAAACACCACUACUGUGAGUUCCCACCAUUCACCUUUACACAAGAAAUACUCAAACAAUGAUAUACCGACUGAACUCAAAUGCCAUAAUCAAACAUGUAAUCUGUUAAAAGACAGUGCAUGUGGUUCAGAUAAAAGUUCGAAUGGUUCCGGACAUCGUCGCUCUAAAGACCCAGAAAAAAUACGACAUCAUUCUCCCAUUCCCGAAAGAAAAAACAUCAGUAAGGAAAAGGAGGAUGAGAGAAGAGACUGUAAAGUUAGGAAUUACUCUCCACAAGCAUUCAAGUUCUUUAUGGAGCAGCAUGUUGAGAAUAUUCUGAAGUCUUAUAAACAAAGAACCUAUCGAAGGAUGCAAUUAGAAAAGGAAAUGACCAAAAUAGGCCUCAGUUCUGAAGCUCAGGAUCAAAUGAGGAAAAUGCUAUCACAGAAGGAAUCGAAUUAUAUUCGGUUAAAGCGUGCAAAAAUGGAUAAGUCUAUGUUCACAAAAAUAAAACCUAUUGGUGUAGGUGCAUUUGGGGAAGUAACGCUGGUGAGGAAAAUUGAUACUAGUCAUCUCUAUGCCAUGAAAACGCUUCGGAAAGCCGAUGUUUUGAAACGGAAUCAAGUUGCGCAUGUGAAAGCAGAAAGGGAUAUUCUUGCCGAAGCGGACAAUGAGUGGGUUGUGAAGCUCUAUUACAGUUUUCAAGACAAAGAUAAUCUGUAUUUUGUCAUGGACUAUAUUCCUGGUGGUGAUUUGAUGUCGUUGUUGAUAAAACUAGGUAUAUUUGAGGAGAAUUUGGCUAGGUUUUACAUUGCGGAGUUGACGUGUGCUGUAGAAAGUGUACAUAAAAUGGGCUUUAUUCAUCGGGAUAUAAAGCCAGAUAAUAUACUUAUUGACCGUGAUGGACAUAUCAAAUUGACAGACUUUGGCUUAUGUACAGGAUUCCGGUGGACGCAUAAUUCUAAAUAUUAUCAAAGAAAUGAUCACGGACGACAAGACUCAAUGGACCCAGUAGACGGCGAAUGGGGUGCUAUGGGAGAAUGCCGUUGUCACCAACUUAAGCCUCUGGAAAGGCGGCGGAAGCGGGAGCACCAGCGAUGCGAGGCGCACUCUCUCGUCGGGACCCCGAACUACAUAGCGCCCGAAGUGCUGCAAAGAACUGGUUAUACGCAACUAUGCGACUGGUGGUCGGUGGGCGUCAUCCUCUAUGAGAUGCUGGUUGGCUCACCGCCAUUCUUAGCUGCCACUCCUGCUGAAACCCAACUUAAGGUGAUAAAUUGGGAAAGCACGCUGCAUAUACCAGAUGCUGCCAAUCUAUCUCGUGAGAGCAAAGACCUUAUCCUAAAACUUUGCUCUGGACAGGAGAAAAGGCUCGGCAAAGACGCCACAGAAGUGAAGAACCAUCCUUUCCUCAAGGGUAUUGAUUUUGACAAGGGAUUGAGAAGGCAAGUGGCCCCCUACAUCCCUAGAAUAGAUUAUCCCACGGACACGUCAAACUUUGAUCCAAUAGAUCCAGAUAAACUACGGAAUUCUGGCAGCUCGGACUCAAACAAGUCUGACAGUGAACUAUUAGAUAAUGGCAAGACUUUCCAUGGUUUCUUCGAGUUCACAUUUAGAAGGUUUUUUGAUGAUGGCUACACGAACAAAAUAAACCUGGACGAUAACGAUAACCAGGGGCCUGUGUAUGUUUAG